AUGUCGCCAAGUAAGCCCUUUGUCCUCUUCUUCAACCCGGUAAAGCAUGCUAGGCCUUUCUACGAGAAGCUACAAGAAGUUGCCCGCACGGAAGUCGUUACCAGCAAGACCAGGGAGGAGUUUUUCAAGGAUGUCAAAAAUAAGUACAAGGAUAUAUUUGCCAUAUACCGAACAUCCGCUAGUGGCGCUGUGGCCGGUAAAUUUGACGCGGCGUUCAUUGAGCGUUUGCCGCCAAGCUGCAAAUACAUUUUCCAUAACGGCGCUGGAUAUGACCCCAUCGACACAAGUGCCUGUGCCAAGAGAGGCAUCAUUGUCACCAAUGCUCCCGACCCAGUGACUGAUGCAACCGCCGACCUGGCAGUCUUUCUCUUGCUAGGUUCCUUACGGCAGCUAAACCCAUCAAUUUUCUCUCUACGUGCAGGGAAUUUCAAACGAGGAGUCGACUUUGGCCACGACCCCCAGGGCAAGACCCUGGGUAUUCUCGGAAUGGGUCGAAUCGGCCGCGCAAUCAAACACCGCUGUGAUGCUUUCGGAUUAAAGACAGUAUACCACAACCGAAACCCUCUGUCGGUUGAGCAGGCUGCAGGUGCCGAAUAUGUUUCCUUCCAGAAGCUACUCACGCAGAGUGACAUCAUCAGCCUCAACGUUCCUCUGAACCACAACACCAAGCACUUGAUUGGGGCAGCAGAAAUCGCGAAAAUGAAGCCCGGUGUGGUCAUUAUAAACACAGCUCGAGGUGCCGUCAUCGACGAGGCUGCCAUGGCUGACGCACUCGAGAGCAAUCAUAUCGGUGCUGUAGGUUUGGAUGUUUAUGAACGGGAGCCCGAGAUCAAUGAGAAGCUCAUGAAGCAACAACGUGCUCUGAUGGUGCCACACGUAGGAACCCACACGGUCGAGACACUGGCAAAGAUGGAGACUUGGGCAAUGGAGAAUGCGCGACGGGCGAUCCUCGGCGAGCCGCUCCUGUCACCCGUACCGGAGCACCAGGGGCUUAUUUGA